AUGGGAAGUUGCGAGGAUGAUGGGAGCAUCCACUGCCGUAUUAUGUCUCUUCCUCCUCUCCAAUUCAAGGGGAGAGGGGGAUCGCCUGCUGAAUUUUUUGACGAUCUUUGCUCCUCGCAAGAAGAACGUGACAGUGAUACUGGUAACUCGUGUGAAGAUAAGAUCGAUAUAAGACCCCCCCUUACCCUGCCACUGUCCCAAUCAACUCGUGAUAAUGAUGAGCACAAGGCUUAUGGUUUCAUUGACCGUUAUAAGGCAAGAUUGGUAGCAAAAGGUUAUACUCAGACCUAUGGAGUGGAUUACACAGAGACCUUUGCUCCAGUAGCAAAGCUCAAUACUGUGCGCGUACUCUUGUCCUUGGCUGCUAAUCAUGAUUGA